AAUAAACUUCAUUUGAUCAACAACCAUGUCCCUCUCUCAUUUGUAUACCACACCCAUUUCCUCUUCAAUCACCUCUAACAAUCCUCUUCGAUGUUCUACCAAAACUACCAGCAGCCCAUCAGUUCAUCUUUCAAACCGUACCCGCUACAUCUCAUGUGAACAAAACAAACAAACCAGCAAAGAAGGCAAUGCAAAUCAUAAUGUCAUUGAUAGAAGAAAUGUCCUCCUAGGGUUAGGAGGAUUAUAUGGUGCCACCGGUUCUGCUAUAGGUGCUCCGUUUACGCCUCCUGACUUAGGUCAGUGUCAUAAAGCAACGGACGAUGAUGUUACCCCGAAUAAGGUGGAUUGUUGUCCACCUAAGUACGGUAAUGCAAAAAUGGUUGACUUCACACCGCCUUCUGUUAAUGAUCCAUUACGAGUUCGGAAAGCAGCCCACAAAUACAAUCCUGACGAUAUUGCGAAAUUUGAAGCAGCUAUUGCUAAGAUGAAGGCUUUACCAGCAGAUCAUCCAUGGAAUUACAAUCAACAAGCUACCAUUCAUUGUACUUACUGCAAUGGUGCCUUCAAUCAGUUGAACAGUGAUGCUUUACUUCAAAUUCAUGAAAGUUGGUUUUUCCUUCCAUGGCAUCGUUACUAUCUAUACUUCUGGGAGAAAAUCCUCGGAAAACUUAUCGGAGAUGAUACUUUUGCUAUCCCUUUCUGGAACUGGGAUACUCCUAAAGGAAUGUACAUGCCCCCCAUGUACUUAAAUGAGAAAUCACCUUUAUGGGAUGACACUCGUGACAAACGCCACUACACGUCGGUGUUUGAUUACAAAUAUACUUAUAAAAACUCCAAUCCCACUGAUAUCGAUGCUGUGGUUACUACUAAUUUGGCUGAGCUAGACAGUAUAUUCAAAGAAACGUUACAAUUGCCAGCACUUUUUAUGGGGAAAGCAUUAAGAGCGGGAGAGAAGCCUACACCAGCUCCAGGGAGGUGUGAGAGUUUGCACAAUGUCGCGCAUAUGUGGGCUGGACCUCCUGAUAAACCUCACUGGAAUAUGGGAAAUUUCCACACUGCUGCUCGUGACACUUUGUUCUUUGCUCACCAUGGUAACGUCGAUCGGAUGUGGGAUAUCUACAGUAAGUUCCGUGGACAGAAAGUUGAAUUCAGAGAUCCUGACUGGCUUGACUCAUCUUUCAUCUUCUACGAUGAGAAUGAACAACUCGUCAAGUGCAAGGUGAGGAAUUGUCUGACUCCAGAAAGCCUACGUUACAGUUACAAUCCUGAACCACUUGCAUGGACAACCAUUCGAAGAAAGUACAAGAAACUGAGGAACGAAGCAAAGAAGAGGAGCGAAGGUGAUUCAUUGAAACUAGCCCCAGUUUCCGGGUUUGGAUCCCAACCACGGCCAUUAACAGGACCAAUACGGGUAUUAGUACAAAGGCCAAAGACUUCAAGGAGUAAAGAUGAGAAAGCAGAUGCAGUAGAAAUUUUAGUAAUAGAUGGAAUCAACGUUACAAGUGGAUCAACAGCAAGGUUUGAUGUCUAUGUAACUAAAUCCCUCGAAGGGUUAGCUGGGCCAGACAACGGAGAAUUAGCCGGUAGUUUUGUGCAAAUUCCGAAAUCAUCAGCAGGUAAAGGCUCGAGUUUGGAACUGGGUAUUAGUACUCUACUGGAAGAAAUUGAAGCCGACGGUGAAAAGGAAUUGGUUGUGAGUUUGAUUCCUCGAAAUGGUGAUGUUACUGUCAGUGGAGUUCGCAUCGAAUUAUUCAAGGUUGAUGAUGAUGAAAUAUGAAUGAUUCAAUGAAGAAGAUAAUUCAUUGGCUUUGGCCUUAGUAAUAUUUUAAUAGUUUUUGAGUUAUGCCCUGAAUAAGCAUGCUGCAGUUGUGGAGGACCAUCAUGCUGCAGUUGCAAUGGACCAUCUUCAAUUGGCUGUUUGUGCCUUAGAUUUCUCAAUCAAUGGAUAGACCUGUACUGGUGCUAGUCAAUUGUUUUAGCUACAAUUGUGUGGUUCUUUUGUCUCAGUCUUUGUAUUAUUUAUGGCUUAUGGCACCUUAUGAUAA